AUGAUUCACAUUAUUGGCAUGGAAAUAAUUCAAAUUCAUAUGAUUUUUAUUGUUCAACAUCCAUCUCAUACACUUUUACAACAAAAUGGUUUUACUCAACAAGUUUAUCUUAAGUAUAAACAACAAUGUCUUGAUGAAAAACAUUUUCAUCAACAUGUAUUUGAAGAUUUUCAACAAGAAACUCUUUGUGAUCAUGAAGCUGGUAAUAAAAUAGAUUACACACAAAAAAAAAAGAAACGUGUCAAUAACAAAAAUAAUUUUUCUAUUCAGACUGUUCCAGCACCCGAAGCAAUUGCUGCUACAGUAGCAAAGAACAGUGAUACAUUAAAUUCAUUAAAACCCAAUGGUGAACAUUUUCUGACCCGUAAUAAUUGUGGUCAAGCUCGACAAUCGAAUCGAUGA